AUGUACGGAGGUUCGGUGGGAGGCUCUCCAAGCGGAGGCUCCUUCAGCCUGAGUGGCGGCAGUUUCUCUGCAGGUAGCAAUCCAAGAGCGUCUGCAUUCGCUCGAGCGUUUGACGUGGAGGAGCAGGCAGGUGGUCCUAUUCGACAAGUUCGCGGUAGGCGUGAUGGUCCUUACGAGCUCUUGGUCGAGGCCGAUGCCGACUACAACGGUUUUCCAAGAUACUCACAGUACGAUUGGGACGAGCCAGAUUGGGAACACGACCAGUUUGAGGGACCUCAGACAGUGGGCUCGGCGAUCUUCGUGCGAAACCUUCCGCCUGGUGUGGAAGGGCACCAGCUGAAGCACCUCUUUGAAGAGGCUGGGCAGAUAGCCAACAUCCACGUGGAUCAAGGCCCGUUGCCUACUGCGACCAUUGGCUAUGUACGACAG